AUGAGCGUGUCACGCGUCGAGGUGCUGGGCCUUUACCGCCGCGUGUUCCGCCUGGCGCGGGGCUGGCGAUCGCCAGGCGCCGCUGAGCCCUCGGCAGCGCUCGCCGAGGCCGAGUACAUCCGCGCCGAGGCGCGGGCGCUCUUCCGCAAGAACAAGGACCUGGUGGAGCCAGAGAAAAUCAAGUUCUGCAUUGAAGAAUGCAAAACAAGAAUAGAACUCGCACUUCAUUACAAGAUACCUUACCCAAGACCUAUGAACCUCCCUCCCAUGGGACUUGCUGGAAAGCAGGGGCGGCAACUGAAGACUCAGGAACGUCUCCGCAAACAGGCCAAGCCCAUCUACCUGCAGUCACAUGACGAGACGUGA